UACGAACAAAACUCCUUUAUAAAAUCUAGGAAAACCAGCUAGCAGUACAGUAAGGUUACUUUCGUUUCUGAAGGUAGUCCAAUCAUUGUGUAAUCAGCUGGGAAGUCAGCCGCUGUUGCUGCAGGAAAAGUCACACGACCACGACCUACUGCAACUGUGCCGGUGCUUCGUCAAGUAUUGAGUCUAAUAAUUUACGCUCCUAAAAUGAACUUUUACUCAAUUCUCUGAAACAACCAAGAACAAAACAAAAGCGCACAAUCCCUGCUGACGACCGCUGACGCUGGCAGUAGGCUUUGUCCAGAUUCUAGAAAGGAUACGUACACUGGAACAGGAGGAUUUGAAAUGGCUGCUGUGUGUGUUGUUCAAGGUGCCAGUCGUGGAAUUGGUCUUCAGUUUUGCAGUGCUCUUCUGAGCAGAAAUGUGUGCAAAGUCAUCGCUACUUGCAGGAAUCCCAGUCAGUCUGAAGGCCUGCUGAAUCUGAAGGACAAACAUCAACACUCUCUGUCAGUCUUACCUCUUGAUAUGACAAAUGAGGCAGAUAUAAUUUCUGCUGCUCAAGAAGUUAGUAACAGGUAUGGGAAAGUUGAUUUACUGAUAAACUGUGCUGGAAUGUUGCACCCUUCAGGUAGAGGAGAAACAAGCUUGAAGUCAGUUUCUCAAGAGGGGCUGUUGGAAACUCUGUCAACCAAUGCAGUGGGGCCACUGCUCAUGGCCAAACAUUUCACUCCUCUCCUGAUGAAAGGCGAUGGACUCAUCGGUACACAGAGUACAGAGAAGAAAAGUCAACACUGUGCUGUUCUGGUCAACAUGAGUGCUAAGGUUGGGUCUAUACAAGACAAUGGACUUGGAGGCUGGUACAGCUAUAGAAUGUCAAAAGCUGCUCUGAAUAUGUCGACCAAGAAUCUGAGUAUAGAACUUGGCAGAGGUCAGAAGAAAGUUGUUUGCAUCUCUUUACAUCCAGGGACGGUUGACACGGAUUUAUCUCGGCCAUACCAUAAGAAUGUCAAGACACUUUUCACUGUGUCUCAUUCUGUGGACUGCAUGCUGAAGGUAGUCGAUUCAUUGUCUGUCAGUGAUACUGGCAAGUUUUACACCUAUGACAAGUCAUUACUCCCAUUUUAGUUUAUUUGAUGUCUUUCUCCAGCUUUAUGUUACCUGUUUAUGUAUUUUGAUGCCAUGUUGAUAUUUAAACUGAUCUUAUUCUGCUAGGUCAGUACCUUUGAUAGGGUUGAUGUCGUCGGUAUAUUUAUUAUUACAGAGAUCAGAUCUGUUUCUUUCUCAGGUGAAUCUAUACAGUAUGCAGUUGAUCUGUUUGUUAAAAGUGUCACAAAGGAGAGCCUCAUGUGUAACUUUUUCCCCAUUGAUACAUCCAGUGUAUACAGGUUUUUGUGUACUUCAUAAAUAAAUAUAAAGAAAACACAAGCAA